UCAGUGAGUUGUGAAUCCUGACCUUUCUUUUGCUGUUUCUAUACGAUGGGCUGGCAGAAAACCUUUUCGCUUUCACAAAGAUCCAAGGGGUGUCAUCUUGUCACGGAUGAGGUUUAUGCCCAUAUCACACCAGGUAUCAAGGACGUGAAGGUUGGGAUGCUCUUCCUCUUCAUUCAACACACGUCAGCCGCGCUGACGAUCAAUGAAAAUUAUGAUCGAGACGUUCGCAAAGACAUGGACAUGGCUCUGGAUAACAUCGUUCCCGAGAGUCUUAACUGGAAGCACACGGACGAAGGCCCAGAUGACUCCGUAUCUCACACGAAGACAUCCUUGAUCGGUGCCACUAUCUCGAUCCCAAUUACCGAUGGCCGUCUGAACCUCGGCACCUGGCAAGGGAUCUACUUGACUGAAUUCAGACACGCAGCACAUUCUAGGCGGAUCGUUGCCACAGUUUUAUCAUAAGUUGCUGGCAACAUAUAUAUGGAGCAAUUGCAGUGAUUAUAAAGACCUAUCAUACGCUCCUGGUUACAUACGUGCUAUAGUGCUUUUUAUCCCCUGUGGGUGAUUUGGACAAACUUCUCAAAUGGAAAGACUGCCUAAACCGAUCGGAAUCUA